CAACAAUUAACAACAAUUGUCAAAAUUUGUCAAAUACGAGACAAAAAUAAAAAGUAAAUAAUAAAAUCUAUAUUAUAAGGAUAGCAUUUUACAAAAUAUUGAUUUAUACGGCUUAAGGAUUUUUGUAAAUUAUUGCUUUUAACAGAUAAUGUCUAAUUCAAUUGUCCAGUAUGUACUUCUUAGAAGUGAUUUAUUAAAAGACCUAGGAUGGUCCGUGGGUGCAUUAGUCGCACAAGCAUGCCAUGCUUCCACAGCUGCCUUACAUUUAUAUAAAGAUGAUGAAGUUACUUUAGAAUACUUAAAUAACUUAGAUAAUAUGCAUAAAGUUGUUUUAGAAGUACCUAAUGAAGAAUCAUUAAAGAAAGUGGCGGAAAAAUUAAAAGAAAAUUCAAUAGCUCACAAGCUUUGGAUAGAACAGCCAGAAAAUGUUGCAACUUGUUUGGCUCUAAAACCAUAUCCAAAAGAUGAAGUAAAAAAAUUUGUUGGCAAAUUCAAAUUAUAUAAGACCACUUUAGCAAGUUAAUUAUAUGUAUAAUGAUUAACAAUUUUUUGUUUAAGUGAAGUUAUAUCUAAUACGGAUCCCAAUGUAUAUGUUGCAUCUUUAAUGUUACUGGAUAUAUGUGUUAUUACUGUUAUGUAUAUAAUAUAAUAAAAAGACUGUUCAAUUGAACUUUCAA